GACUAUUUCAAACUUGAAUGCUUUAGUUCAAGGUUUGUUGUGAAAAACAUCUCUUAAACUGAUUGACGCAUGCGCAUUUAAGGAGAACAAUUUAUUUUCUGAAGCAGGUAAUAGCGUUACGGAACGUUUAGGAGUAAACAAUUUGUAUUUUGCAGAUAUAUAUUAAACAGUUGAAGUACACAAGAAUUAACAGGAGUUCUCAACAAUGGAAUUUUCAAACAUUCUCAUCUUGAAGCUGUGCUUUGUAUUUGUUUCAUGUUCCAAGAUAAGUCCUGGGGAUCUUAAACAGCAGCAACAAGCAAUGACAGUACAGGAUAUGCUUAUGAUGAAAGAAGGCAUAAGGGAUAAUGCCGAAGGUAUUAGAGCUGUUAACGGAGGCAUCCAGAAUAUAAAAGAACAGUUCAAAAGUAUGUCUGACCUUAUUCACAAAACGUUAUCGACUGUAAAGCAUGCCAAUGAUUCUACGACAAAACCUAAACAUGGUACCAGCGGAGAUAUGUCUCAAGUGAAAUGUGAGCUUAGUGAUGAUUUGAAACUUAAAAUGGAAAAACUAUCUUCAUGCGCAGAAAAUGACCAAAACGGUGCAACGGCGGGAAUAUCAUCAACUGAGUAUAGGGAUACUUUAAUGAAGGUUGAAUCAGAUUUGACGGAAGUUCUAAAACAUCAAUCCAAUAUAACCGAACGACUGUCAGCAUUACCUCAAUCAGAUUUUGAAAAGAAGGUCAAAGCUGGCUGUUUCACCUUAGUUAAUACAAACAAACCGGAUGAAGAUGAUGAUAAUGACAAUAAAUGUUUCAAUAUCAGUGCCAUCAAACACAGUAGGGUAAGUGUCCAUUGCGACAAUAAAAAUAGCCGUAUUGUGGACGCGGUAGUUUCGGAUAUCGAUGUCGUUGGUCGCAUUGAAGUUAGGUAUAACAAUAUCUGGGGUACAGUAUGCAGAUACUCGUUCAGUCAUGAGGAUGGGAACGUAGCAUGUAAAGCGGCAGGAUUUGCAAGUGGUGUAUAUGCAGACGAACAACUUCCAGGAUCUGGUCAAAUCUGGUUGUCAAAUCUAUAUUGCAAAGGAACCGAAUCAGACUUAUUUGUUUGUGACAGAGAAUUUCCUAUUGGUGGCAAUAGUUGCCCCCAUUCCCUGGACGCAGUUGUUAGAUGUUUUUGGUUGCCUUAAAUGAUGAAGAUCCGAACUAUGAACAUAUUUCAAUGGUCUCGUGACAGAAAAUCUAUUCUUCAAGCAAGCGUAGUCUUUUUUUAUUGAAAAUGAGUUGAAUUUCUGCGAGUAACUCUUCGAGAAUACGUAUAUGCAAAUCAUUUGAGUCCUUGUAGAUUGACUCCUACUAUGUAAAUAGUAAUAGCAUCGAAACAUGAGGCACAUAUGAUUUGUGCGAGGGGGCAUAGCCCCCGAAUGGUAAAUCAGGUUGCCAAGUGUUUUGAUGUUCUUUCUCUUUAGUAUUAUAGUCAAACAUAAAAGCACGUUCCCUGUUGUCACAAUAUGAAACCCCAGAAAAAAGUAACCAAUGAACGAGCAUCUAAAUAUGAUAUUUGUAUCGCUUUCCCUUUCUCUGCCGUCACAAUUAGUAAAUCCCGGCAAAAAUGAGCCAAUCAAUGGGGUAACUAAUACCUACACUCCAGUUAACGCACUGUGCAUGUUUAUGUAUACGACACAUUUUCAACAGAAAUGUCCUAAAACUAUGAUACAAUAUACAAUUAAUCUCAUUUUGUUACUUUUAAAUAUCGAUGAUGCUUAUAAAAACCAUUGUACAUAAAUCAUGUAAUCGCCUGAUUUUUUUUUCAAACAACAAUGCCGUAACUGUUAUUCAUGUUGCAAGAUGUUUAUGAUACGUACGUUGUACAAGAUAUAUCACAGGAAAAUCUACGCAAAUACAUUGUGAAAUAGACACAUUAAAGUCAGGACAAUUGAUGCAAACAUCACAUUUUAUAACAGGAUCAUUUCUUUUGUAACAAGUUAAAAGUUCAGUACCAUAUUUAAAAGCCGGUAGCUGUAAUGGAUUCGAGGUAGAGUAUAGAAAACUUGCAAUGCUAAUAACACUUAUUUUGUUAUUUUUGUAAAUAAAGUAUUUAACUAAG